AUGCCCACCUUCAAAUCAUUUACUUACGCCUAUAAUAAAGACCCCCUUCAUGUCACCGUCAGUGAAUUGAAACACCCCAAAGCCGAUGAGGUGUUGAUCAAAGUUAGCGCAGCCUCAUUGAAUCCAGUUGACAUUGUCUUAUACAACCUGGCUUAUUACAUCACUUCCUUCUGGAACAAUAAGCAAGGUGUGGGGCGUGAUUACUCAGGGACGGUGGAAGCUGUGGGAGCGCAAGCAGCGCAAUCAUCAGGGUUAAAAGUGGGUGACCAUGUUUAUGGGUUAUACUCUCACCCAUUGGGUAAAGGUACUAUUGCUGAGUACGUUACCAUUAAACCUGGUGGGCUUGACUGCACCGUCUCCAAGAUUCCUGCUGGCUUAUCGAAGAAAGAGGCCGCUGCCAUCCCCUUAGUGUUUGGUACUGCCAACCAAAUGAUGGAAGGCCACCAAAUCCGAGGGUCUAAGGUUUUGAUUCUCGGUGGCGCCACAUCUGUGGGGAGAUACCUUAUUCAACUUGCUCGCGUUAAGGGAGCUGCUGAAAUCGUCACUACCAAUGGUGGUCGUUCAAACGACUUGGUGCAGCUGUUGGGCUCGACCAAGCAAAUUGACUACCACGACUUCCCUAACUUGUUGACCCCUGUGCUUGAAUCUGCCAGAAAUGGCAAGUUCAAUUACAUUUAUGAUUGUGCUGGUAACAAUGACUUGUUUGGCCACAUGGGACAAAUCAUUGCUCCCAAGCCCAAUGGCUACGUUUCCAUUGUGGGUGAUCGUCACAUUCACCACCUGCAAGAUGAUCUUGUCUCCUUAUUUUGGGCUAACCGCGCUCUCGCUGUCAGGGCAAUCCGGCUGCAGCUUGGUUUGCUUCCAUACACCUAUAAGUAUGAUCUUCUCAAGCCUGGUAAAUGGCUUGACUACGCCACGUCGUUAUAUGAACAAGGUCAGCUUCAAGUGUUUGUGGACUCAACUUGCAGCUUUGCUGACACCCCGAAUGCCUUCAACAAGGUGGGGCUGGGCAAGGCCUCUGGUAAGGUCGUCAUUCAAAUUGAAAAUUGA